AUGGUCUCAUCAGGGGCUGUCUCCUGUGAAGACGUCACCCCUGUGACCCCGCUCAUUUUAGCGAACGCUCUCUACUUCAAAGGUACUUGGCUCAAGAAAUUCAAAGCAAAGUGUACAAAAGACUUCGAUUUCUACCUUCUCGAUGGCCGCCUCACUCGGGUCCCAUUCAUGACAAACAAUGAACCGGAUCAGUAUAUCGAAACCCACAAUGGAUUCAAAGUCCUGCAGCUCCCCUACAAGCAGGGCUGUGACUUUGGACGCAGUUUCUCCAUGUGCUUCUUCCUUCCAGAUAAGGGGGACAGGCUGCCGGCUCUCACGGAGAGGGCUUGCUCCGAACCCGGUUUCUUAGACUGCCAUAAUCCCCAAACCAAAGUAGACGUGGGUGAAUUCAGAAUACCCCAAGUUCGAGAACUCGUGGACUUUGUUGCGGACCACCCAUUCAUGAUCGUAAUCCGAGAGGAGAUGACCGGAAUUGUUCUUUUCAUCGGCCAGUUGCUCGAUCCCCAACAGAAGUAA